CUCCUGUGCCUCAGGCAGGGCUAGGCACCAGUAGCUUUCCCAGUGUUCCAGUUGCCUCUCCGUCCCCGGGGUAUGUUAUAAAUAGUGCUGCAGAAGGGCAUCCCAACGCUGAUGUUGGACUCCGUGGGCCUGCGGCGCCCUUGCAUUAUAACCCAGGAGCAGCAGUGGAAAAUUCUUUCAGUGUGCAUCCUGGGGUGGUGUCUGCAGCGAGCAAACCUGGAGCUAGGCAGGAUGUUGGCAGAGAUGCAAAUGAUGCAGCUUCAGCACCCACCACGGCAGCGCUCUUCCCACCACCUCCCCAGCAGCCUGGGCCCCAGUGGAGGCCUGUCCCAGGCAAUCUGCAGUCUCCAGUCCGCAAUUUUGUGCCCUAUCCUGAGCCGUCUCCUCAGACUGACGUUCACAACAUUUCUCAGCCUUCUGUCAGUGCUUCUCACCCUCCUCCACACACAAACGUCCCACAGGGCCCUGGGCACCAAGGAAUUUCACAAAACGUCGUGCAAGCGCCUUUACCCGCUGGCUGUGAGAGGAAUGGUAAAAAUGGCCCUGCAAACAGCAGCCAUCACAUGAACAGCGUCCAACCUGGAAAUGUGUUUAGGCAGAACACAGACAUGACUAACCCUUGGUCAAACCAACCUUACCAGGAACAGUUUUACCCACAGCCACCUUUGCAAGACUCGGGUUUUGUCCUUCCCACAGCUCAGGAAAACAACCCCAAAAACCAGUCUCCAGCUAUGUCUGAAACGUCAAAUAGAUCUGUUCCCACAGAUCGAGAUCCAGGAACUCUCUCCAUGUUCUUCAAAGGGGAUGAGGCAGAAAAUGAAGAAAUACUUUCAUCUGAGAAAAAAUACGUAAUGGAGAAAACAGAGUUUGAUGCCUGUCAGCAAAAUUCAGCCUCCCUGUAUCACCAGCCUGUGCAUCCUCAGCAGGUGGCAACCAAUAUUCUCUCUCAGGCACAGCUGGGUUCAGCUGGUGACAUGGUACAGAAAGGAAUGGAUGCCCAGUACUUCCCUAAACUUGUCAGCCAUCAGGAGGCACAGGCUGCUAAGCACUCUCUGUUUGCUGGUGAUGACAAGGCACAGAUAGGUGACCCAGCUGCUGGGUCCCAGUACGAGAAUGUGGAGAACCUGGAGUGCAUUCAGAAUCAGGAGGUGCUGCCAAGUGAACCCCAGAACAUCAACACUUCCUGCCCUGCUGCUGGUCCCGAUCCGUACAGGUACGGAUCCUUCCCGGGUCAGGCGCUUCCCAAGAAUGCAGUCAGCCAUGCUGAAGGAGGACCAAACCUGGAGGCUCCUGACUCCUUACCUCACCCUGGCCGGCCAGACAGCGUCUCUUCCACCUACAGCAGCAUCAGCCACAGGAGCAGCUCCAGCUCUGCACGGCCCCCGGAGCACGGCGGUACAUUUAUCCAGCAGGAAAUUGGGAAGCCUGAUGAGGAAUCCUCUGCCAGCUUCUUCAAACAGAUUGACUCCUCUCCUCUGGGAGGUGAUUCAGGUGAGCUAAACCUCAGCAAGAACUACCACAGCAAUCUAUCCCAGCCUCCCACUCCAAGUCCUCCUAAGCCUACAGGAGUGUUUCAGACAAGUGCAAAUAGUUCUUUUGAACCUGUGAGGUCCCAUGGAGUUGGUAUAAAACCUGCAGAGAUUGACCAAGCAAAGAUGGUGGUUGAAUUAAGAGAGAACCACUCGAACCAGAAGAAUAUCAAGAAGAACACAGCAGUGCCUGCUGCAUCUCCUGGCAAUCUUGAACAGCCACCAGAUAAUCUGGAAACAAUUUACAUGCCUCAGGUACACCCAGGCACUGGGGAGGCUGGAAACACGCUGCACUCUGGACCUGUUGUGGAAAAUAUACAAUCAGUAUCUGAGAGACGCUCCUCCACCAGAGCUCAGGGAGCAGUUAAGAAGUGUGAUAGCCCAGCAACGACUUUAUGGGCUCACAAUGAGUUACCAAAUUUUGGGGGAAAUGUUCUCCUAGCUCCUGCUGCUCCUGCAGUGUAUGUACCUGCCAAACAGACUGUGGAAGUCAUUCAGCCACCAGAAGAAGGCUUGUCUAAUCAGCAGCCAUGUAAACCAGGAACUAUUGCUGUGCAGCACUCCCAGGAUGGAAAUAUAGCUUUUGAAAAUCUUGAGAAUCCUCCCAAAAUGGGAGAGGAGGAAGCACUUCAGUCUCAGGCAAGUUCUGGUUAUGCAAGUUUAUUGUCUUCUCCACCUACAGAGUCUUUGCAAAAUCAGCCUAUCCUGAUUGCUCAGCCUAAUCAAAGCUAUAACUUGGCUCAGCCAAUUAAUUUUUCUCUUUCUCUAUCUAAUCAGCUAAGCAGCAAUGAAAACAAUCAGCCAAUGAAGGACUCUGGAGCUGGGGACAAGCCUGCGAUGGGUCCCCAAAGUUCACAUGCCGGUGGGGAAAACAUUCCACUACCUGUGAUGCAAGUUGGAUCUCUCCUAGUUAAUGCACUUCCAAAUACUAAUCUGUUAAAACAUAAUUUAUUGCAAAGUCCUGUUAAUUCCUCUGAUGCUGCUUCUAAUCAGCCUGCAAACUUGCUUAUGAAAACUCCUCUUAAUUUGAGUCCAGAAGGGCAAAAGAAUGUUAAUGUGGAAGGCCUUGUUCCUGAAUUUGCUAGCAAGCCAGGGUCUAACUCAUCUGUUUCUCCUGGGACAAAUCUUCCCAGUGGAAGUGCAAGUGGCCUGGUCCCCCCUGUUAAUUCCAUAGCCCAGGCUAAUAAUUCUGCAAAUCAAUCAAGUAGCAAAGAAGCUGCUGGAGUGCUGGACUUCACAGUGCCACGGACGUUGGAGAAAAGCAGCACAAGUAAUUCUGUCCAGGUGCACAAUCAGUCACCCUCUGGUGCUCCAGCCCAACAGGCAGCUGGUGCUGCCCAGGUGCGUCCCGAGGUGCCUGACAAACAACAUUUCUACCAACAGGUGACAAAAGAUGUGCAGCACCAGGCUGCAGCAGCAGACCGAGCUGCACAGCCACAAAUGCAAGCAGCUCAAAUGCAGCCACCAACAUCUGGGCAAUCCUCAGUUCCUGCAGACUCCCAGAUUUCCACAGGGGCCAAGGCCAUGCAGCAGGGGGACAGCCAGGUGCUGGGUAACCGUGCCCAGCCUGGGGGACCCCAAGAGGGAGGUUCAGGCCAGCCAAGGUACGACCAGACGAGUCCUGGGAAGCAGCCGGUGUCAGAGCAGCCUCCAGGUGCUCCAGCUGCCACUGCCCCUCCUGCCAGCACUGCUCAGGCAGUGCCACCCAACGGGCAGCAAGACCUGCAGCGUCCUCCCCCUCCUCAGACCCCUCAGGAGGCCUUUGGUCCACCCCAGAACCCUUACUACUACUACAGACAUCCUUAUGAUGCUUACCAGGCUCCAUACCCACCACCCUAUCCUCCUGCAGACCCCAGGACAGCAGCUCACCUUUAUUACAUGGAGGACAGCUACGGGCAGUACGACCCCCGGUACCGGCACUACGAGGGCAGCGCUGCCUACAUGGAGCCCGGCAGUUACCGCUACCCCGAGCCCGAGCGGCCCAGCUCCAGGGCCAGCCACUGCUCUGACAGACCUGCCUCCAGGCAAGGGUAUACAGAAGAUUAUUAUGGAAAAGGUGGAUGGAGUGAUUAUUAUUCAGGCUAUUAUCCAAACUCCUAUGAUUAUGGAGAUCCAGGUCGCUGGGAGCGAUACCCGUACGACCCCAGGUACAGAGACCCGAGGAGUUAUGACCAGAGGUACUGGUAUGAUGCUGAACACAACCCUUACCAGAAGAGAGAAGCAUAUCCUUAUGGCAGCAGCUCCCGCAGCGUGCACAGCCACCACAGCAGCUUCAGCUCCCGCUCCCAGCAGAGCCAGCUGUACAGGAGCAAUCACGAUCUCACUGCCUACGAACCCCCUGCGCAGGCAGUGCACGCAGAUUAUCCCUACGGAGCCUACGAGCCCAGCUUUGAUGGACAGCAGCCCUUCCCAGACUAUGGCUACCCUGCUGAAACAGCCUGGUCAGCUGUGGAACAAGCACCUUUAAGGCCCUCAACACCUGAGAAAUUUUCAGUGCCUCAUAUCUGUGCCAGGUUUGGCCCUGGGGGCUUCUUAAUAAAAGCACUGCCAAACCUGCCUUCUGAGGGUCAGCCAGCUCUGGUUGAAAUCCACAGCAUGGAGACUAUGUUACAACAUUCUCCAGAGCAAGAAGAGAUGAGAGCCUUUCCUGGUCCCCUUGCUAAGGAUGAGACCCAUAAAGUGGAUGUUAUUAAUUUUGCACAAAGUAAAGCUGCACAGUGCUUUAAGAAUGAAAAUUUAAUUGACAAAGAAUCUGCAAGUCUUCUUUGGGACUUCAUUGUACUGCUGUGCAGGCAGAAUGGGACUGUUGUGGGAACAGACCUGGCUGAACUUCUGCUCCGAGAUCACAAAACAGUGUGGCUUCCUGGCAAGUCCCCUAAUGAGGCAAAUUUGAUUGAUUUCAAUAAUGAGGCUUUGGAACAAGUGGAAGAGGAAUCUGGUGAAGCCCAGCUUUCAUUUCUCACUGAUAAUCUUGUAACCAUGGUUGACAGUUUUGAGAAGGAAACUGAGAGAUUCAGGGAGUUGCUGCUUUAUGGCCGUAAGAAGGAUGCUUUGGAGUCUGCCAUGAAGCAUGGCUUGUGGGGUCAUGCUCUGCUCCUAGCCAGCAAAAUGGACAGCAGGACACAUGCAAGAGUGAUGACCAGGUUUGCCAACAGUCUCCCAAUUAAUGACCCUCUGCAGACUGUUUACCAGCUCAUGUCUGGGAGGAUGCCAGCUGCAUCCACGUGCUGUGGAGAUGAGAAAUGGGGAGACUGGAGGCCUCAUCUAGCAAUGGUGUUAUCCAACUUGACCAAUAACAUGGACUUGGAAUCCAGGACCAUUGCAACCAUGGGAGACACUCUUGCUUCUAAAGGCCUGUUGGAUGCUGCUCAUUUUUGUUACCUUAUGGCCCAAGUUGGGUUUGGAGUUUACACAAGGAAGACAACAAAGCUUGUCCUGAUUGGAUCAAAUCACAGCUUGCCAUUUUUGAAGUUUGCCACCAAUGAAGCCAUUCAAAGAACAGAAGCCUAUGAGUAUGCACAGUCACUGGGAAGUCAGCCUGGCUGCUUGCCCAAUUUCCAGGUUUUCAAGUUCAUCUAUGCCUGUCGGCUGGCUGAGAUGGGCCUUGCUGCCCAGGCUUUCCACUACUGUGAGGUGAUUUCCAGAACUGUCCUCAAAGAUCCACAUUACUAUUCCCCUGUGCUGAUUGGCCAGCUAAUCCAGAUGUCCUCCCAGCUGCGCCUGUUUGACCCUCAGAUCAAAGAAAAACCAGAACAGGAAUCUUUUAUUGAACCCCCCUGGUUAGUGACACUUCGACAUGUGGAUGGACAGAUCAAGGAGGGUGCAAUAGCCUAUAACACAGACAGAUCCACCCCCCCUCCCUAUGAGUGCAGCACUCCCAGCUCUGAGCUGGACCGUGGCAGUCAGUGUGAGGGGGGAGGAGGCCGUGACGUGGGGCCAGGUGCUGAAAAUCCCUUGCUGGCAUCCUUGUUACCCAAUAUGGCUCAACAGAUGCAGAGCGUGCAGCUGAUGCCUUCAGUACCUCAGGCUGUCCUUGAUGGCUCAGCUGCCAUGAUUCCUCCUGGUGACCAGGGAAGUGUCCCCUUCUACCCAGUGGCUCCUCAGCCUCUUGGCCCAGGACCUGGCUUUGCACCUCCAGGAUUUUCAAAUCCAUAUGGAACUGAACCAUCCCCACCCUAUUUAGGGACAACAUUACCCCCAGGAGGGCCCCCACAAGAAAUAGAACCACAGCCAGAAGAGCAGACAAACUUGGAAACAGGAAUGCAGAGAAUUGCCCCAGAGUCUCCUUCACAAAACUCCUUCCCUGAGCAGAGAGAGGAUGAUUUCUAUGGCAGGAUGGCCAACAUGGGCUAUGGGCGAAGGUCCCGCACAACCUCAGAGUCCUCUGCUCAUUCUGUGGGACGAGAGAGAUCUAACUCUGCAGCCAAGCAACCCUCUCCUCCUCCCUCUGCUCCUGCAGGGAAAGACACUAAAAAAGAAACAAAAAAGGAGGCAGCACCCAGAAAGACUGGUGGAACCUGGUUUCGCUGGCUGAUGGGAAAAGGAAAGAAUGAGGCUCACCUGCCAGAUGACAAGAAUAAAUCAAUUGUUUGGGAUGAGCAGAAACAGCGUUGGGUUAAUCUGGAUGAACCAGAAGAGGAGAGUAAACCUCCUCCCCCCCCUCCAACAGGAUUUCCUAAAGCUGCUCAGGCUGCUCCCCCUGGGCCUGGAGGCCCACCUGGUGCUUCUGUCAAUGUGUUCUCCAGGAGAGCAGCUGGAAGCAGAGCCCGUUAUGUGGAUGUCCUGAAUCCAGGAGGAACCAAGGCAAGUGGGGCUGUUCCUGCACCAUCAGACCUGUUUGCCCCCCUGGCACCCAUGCCCAUUCCUGCCAACGUGUUUGUUCCAAACUCAGUUCCAGGGGAAUCCCAGCCCAUGGAGGGGAGUGGAGCAGCAGAGCACACAGCAGCUGCAAACCAAACCAACACAGACCCUGCUGCAGCUGUGGAACCAGAGUACUUAAACCCUGCAGCCCUUCCUCCUGGAUCUGGACUUCCUGUUCCUAACCCUGAUGGCUCCCAGUCAGGCGAGCUUUCGCGCUCUAGUUCAAUGAGUUCAUUAUCACGUGAAGUAAGCCAGCAUUUUAAUCAGCCUGCUGCUGUUCCACCCUCGGGGGCACCUUCAGCAGGGGCAGUACCGUUCUACAACCCCUCUCAAUUUGCACAAUCUCCUGCAGCCACUGGAAGUUCAAGACUGGGAAGAAUUGGACAGAGGAAGUAUCCAACAUUGAAGUAGAAUACAAUGGCUUUGUAUUUGGAGUCCUUACUCAUGUUCUGAGUAUGCACAGAACUCUUCAGCCUUAUGGCACAUGCUAUCAGCUGCAGUUGACAGGACAAAAAUCUGAUGAUGGGUGAUCUUUUUCAUGCUUGCACCUCAUCUACGCAAACCAUUACCAAACAUGAAAUAUAUGUAACUUUUCCUUUUCAAAACCUGGCUAGAAAUAGCUUUGCUGUGAUAAAGAAUAGGCACAAGAGAGGAAAUAGUUGCUGUCUGUUACAAAACCUGUUUGUAAAUUGCAUAGGCAAUUUAUUCCUUCAAUUUAUUUUAAACCUUACUAGCGUGACCUUCCGAGACAUAGUUUCAGGGAUUCCUUAAUUUCUGAAGGAUGCUUCCCUCCCAGCAGGGGUAAAAAACAAACAUGUCCACAUUGUAAGAUAACACUGUGGCCUUAAGAGGACCAUGCACAAUCAGCCAGAGUGUGGAACCAGAGGGGUUCCCCUGGGAGAGGCUCACCCAGGAGCUGCCUCCUGCUGCUUUGGCUUUUGGGAGGAGGGAGGGGGCCGCAGCUCAUCCAAAUAAAUCGACUUCUAUUGAAUGAAAACUGUGACUGUAAUCUAAUCCAUGAUUUGAUUUGGAUCUUUCCUAGUCUGUAUGUAGUUUGUGGUUUAGACUACCUGUAAAGCCAAGUGUAUAGUGGGAAGGAGCUCUGUAUCAUAGCCAACGCUGUUCUCUUGACGAGUGAGUGUUUGUUUAAGUGCAAUACGGUUACUUUGCUUUCUCUCAAACUGCUGGCACUCUGCAGCUGGGGGGUAACAGCUUGAAAGUUGUUUAUUUUUUCCUUUUGGGAGUGCCAGAAUCAGUGUAAUAAUCCGUUCUUGAAUCUCCCUUACUAAAAUAACCAAGGUCUUAAAUAGCUAACUGCUAAAUUUCAUACUAAAAGUAGAUGGAUUAGACCUCUACAGAUGGACUUCAAAAUCUUUAGGUUUAAUAUAGGAAAUCUUGAAAACCAUGGUAUGCAGCAUUUAUAUUCACUGAAGAAUCUGAGUUAUCUGCAAAGAGAGAAAUAAACUUUAAAUAUUUAUUAAAUCAUUAGGCCAUAUUUUAUUUAGAACUUGCCACCAAACUAUUUGAUUUUACUUGAAUUUCUGCCCGGAGUAGAAGUAAUACGAAUGUGAAAUUGCCAGUAUUUGUCCCCAGUUGUUUUUUGUUUUUGUUUUUUCUUUUUCUUUUCCUGAAUAACACCACUUUUCUAAGACUGUGCUAGCCUUAUCUAUGUCCCAAAAAGUUUGUAUGCAGCCCAAGUAAAACACUAUUUGGGAGGAUUAGAAACCUUUGUGUGCUGUUCCAUUCUCAAUUCCCGACAUGGUCAGCAGCAGUCAGUGUGGUUUACUUUUCUAUAAUUGAAACCUAAUCAGACACUUGGCUUUCCUCUAGUCCAGCCAGGCUGCUGAUUAUUUUCUCCUUUCAGUAGAGACUGCCAAACAACUUCAUUCAAGGAGGCUCCCCCUGAGCUGGGAGCGGCUGUCUUUCCUAAGUGUAAGAUUUGACACUGUAAAUUCUUAAAUAAAAUAUUUUGCGCUCUGGAGCACUUUCACAUUUCA